GUGGUUUAAAUCUGACACCCACUCGCAACGCAAGCAGUGAUGCGGGCAGGGACCAAGAACCUCCCUCCCUCGCACAGCCAACCCGAGCUCAGGGUGGGGGGCUCCGUAAUCCCCCCGAGCUACCGUGGGCCACUGAGCCCUGCCCCUCAUGGGUGACCCAGGGCUGGCGUAGUCGGCAGCCUAGCCAUCAGGUCCAGCGGCAGCCUUCAUUAAUAACAGCAGGGUCAUCGUCAACAGCUACAUCAGCAACAUCAACAGCAGCGUACUCACAAUUAUAAUCAGCGGCAGCACCAUUAUCAGCAGCUCCAUCAACGGUGGCACCAACACGAGCGGCAUGUCUUUCAUGGAGGUGCUGAUGCCUCGACCACUGAACACGCCUCUUGGACGCCUUAUAGAGCAGGCAACAGAUGGCGGGCUCUUACGCGAAGACUGGAGCAUGAUCCUGGAGAUCUGCGACAUCGUCAACGAGACGGAGGAUGGCCCCAGGGAUGCUCUGCGGGCUCUCAAGAGACGUCUGGGUGGCGGUGCCAACAAGAAUACCCGGGAGGUCAUGCUCGCGCUCACGGUGCUGGAGAGCUGCAUGAAGAACUGCGGGCACCGAUUCCACGUUCUGGCGGCGAGCCGCGAUUUCGUGGAGGGCUCUUUAGUGCGGCUCAUCCUGCCCAGGAGCUGCCCAACACCAGCGCUGCGAGCCCGCGUGCUACGUCUCCUGCAGGCAUGGGCAGACGCCUUCCGCAGCUCAGCUGACCUGACAGGGGUGGCCCAGGUGUACGAGGCGCUGAAGAGGAAAGGCGUGGAGUUCCCUCCUCCCAUCGCCCAGGAGACAGAAACUCCAAGCUGGGAAGAGACGCUGAGCCAGCCGUGCGGCCCCAGGACCGACCUCCCAGUGUCGUGGGGCAGCACGGCCGUGCCCAGCGACGGCCUUCAGCCACCAGUGGACGAGACCCGCGCAAUUGGGGUGAUGCGGGGCCGCCCGCUGAUCGUGGCGGCUCAGCGGGCGGCACGCGACCUCACGACGGCUCUUCGCAGCACGCAGUCCGGAGUCACGCUAGCCCCUUCUGGCUGGGAGCACCUGCAGGUUGAUGCCCUGGCCGCCAGGUGCGGGACAUUCCGACGCCGGGUGCACGAGCUGGUGUCAGAGGGCAUGGAGCAGCAGGAGAUGGAGCAGCUGCUGGCACUGAACGACGAACUCAACCGCGCGUUGCUGCAGCACGAGAGCUACUGUCAGGUACACGUGGGCACCGAGGAGCACUCGUCUGGCACAGCACCGGCAAGUCUUGAUGAAUCGGAGCUAUCGCUGGCCACAGACGAUGGCAACAUUUGGGCAGAUGAUCUGGCACACAGUCGCGUCACAGAAGACCUACGCAAGAGAGUGUAUGCAGAGCGUCUGGAGGCUGUGACUGAAGCGUGGCUUCCUCCUGUGCACUUGGAACCCAUAGACAUCUGGCUAGCCAGCCAGAACAUGAUCCCUUUGGCACAACCCUCUUUUAUGGACGACAUUGAGAAGUGGCUGAACUCCGAUGUGAAAGGAGAUGUCGAAGAUGAAGGUGAUACGACUGAGGAGUUUGAGCGGUUCCUGGGGCGGCGUGCGCGAGCUGUGAAGAGCGACAGGCCCUCAGGAUCCUCCACGCUGCCCAUCGGAGAUGCCAGGAUUCAGCAGCCCCCCCAGCCAUGACACAAAGUGACAUGACAGCCCGGUGCUCCCCAGUUGCGUAGCUAUCGAGUGUGCAGGCGGUGCACCUGCAUCCCCGGAGCAGAUGGGCCCAGUUGUCAAGCCUCGAACAGGAGGGAAAUAGGACAGGGGGCCCCUUUUAUUUAUUAUGCCAGGGCCCAAUGUUAACCUCACUACGCCACUGGUGCCGCCACCCACUCUUUUAAAUGCAAGAAUGUGUUUGUUCUCGGCAUGCAAUGAUUCACUGCAUGAGCAAUUUCGUCGAAUUGUCAUGAUUCAGGAUAUUUUGUGUUUUUCUUGUUCUUCCCAUCCCAUUUGUAGUCUUUUUUUAUGUCCUGUUUGUACAGUUUUGCUUGCCCUUUGCCUAGUUUUAACUCGAACAAAUACUUCCAUAUAUUCUAGAUUUAAAGCUUUCGUGACUGCUAGGAUCCAUACUCUUUGGUUCUAUUGGGUAAAGUCACGUAGAUAAAAAAUAAAAUAACAAAAAAUCAUAUAUUUUGUCAACUCUAUACGGACAAUUUGAUGCAUAUUAUCAUGAGGAUAACAAAUGAUUUUCAUCAAUCAAGCAAUGUAUCGUCACAUGCCUAGUUAGUGCAUUGCGAGUUUUAAAACUACAUGCUCAUUGUUUCUCCUUUGUCUAUAUUGGGUUCUAUUUUGUGAGUAUUAAAGCACUUGUUUCAAUAUACAUACAAUGUAUAAACAAGAGUAUCUGCAGCUGGACAGCAUUUGUGCUGUGCCAAAUGAGCCUCCUGAUAUCAUCAUACCCAUGAGCACACUCAGGUUUUAUAGAUGUUAACUUUGGCAGAAAUUCUGGCCGAUAGCCUUUAUAGUACCCCAACUGAGUAAUUAUUGCAGCAUAUACGCAAGAGCCACGACAAUUACAGUCAAGUGUUCUCUUACCAAUGUUUUAAUCCCUUUUACUGUCUACUAAUUUUCAACCAAAAUAUUUCAUUCAAACAUUUUACAAAUUUUUGGAAAGUGCAAUGGUUAGCUUUGAAAAUAUGGAUGCGGUAUAAAAUCGUUUUAAGAAUCAACCCUGCCUACCACUCACAUCGGUAGGGUUAGCAAGUUCGCAAUCUAACCUCAAUAAUGAAGGAUCGGGCCGUGCAUCAUUUAGUUUUGCGCUUAGAAGCUCACAAGCGAUGGGCCCUCUACUAGCAUUUGUUUGACGAGUGUAGCCCCAAGGACUCCAGCGAGUUAUGCCACUGGUUCAAAGUGCUGAACUGAACCAUCACUGCCAGAUUCUGGGAGAGUCUUCUGGGGUUUGAAAGAAGAGAGAGCGCCCAUGAGGAAUUUCUCAUUGGGGAAAUUUAAUUUCUGACACCAGAGGUGGUAGCUAGUAAUAGGGUGCAAUUUUGGGCUGACUUGCACGUAUUGUGAUCUGUGCCGUUUGCUUUUAUAGACUACACGGGGUCAUAACAAGGUUCUGUUGAUUACAUAGCUCAUAGCUGCAAAUAUCAUAGUGGUGUAAUAUUUACCUUGAAUGUUUGACGUUCAUGCAAUAAGCUCGUAAAAACAAGUCUAUAACUGUAUUCUGUGUUGGUUUUCAAACAAAUAAAUUGAAAUUAUAUAUA